AUGAUGACCGCCGCCGAACUCCCCGACCACGUCCGCGAGUUCCAGGCUGCCCUGGAAUUUCCGCAGGGCAUAGCCGCGCUGGACGGCUGCCACUUCCCCGUAUGGCCACCUAAGGUCAACGCCAGCGACUAUUACAACUACAAGGGCUGGUACAGCAUCAUCCUCCUGGCCCUUGUAGACAAACGGUACCGGUUCCGGUACGUCAACGUGGGGACGCCAGGGCGGUGCCACGACGCGCACGUCUUUCGGAGGUCGGCACUGGCCAAAAUUCUGGAAGGGCCAACGUUUACAACACCAAUGGUCACCAUCAACGGGACUGCCGUGCCGCCACUGGUUCUCUGCGACCAAGCCUUACCUCUGACGUGCAACAUGCUGAAGCCAUACGCACGCAAGAAUGUCGCGGGACAGUCUCCGCUGGAGAAGUUCAACCGGCAACUGUCGUCUGCACGUAGGGUCUUGGAGAACGCCUUCGGCAGGAUCAAGGCACGGUUCCGCUUUCUCAUGAAGCGGCUGGAGCGCGACGUGGACAACGCCCGCUUCGUUAUACGGGCUUGCUGCACGUUGAAUAACAUCUGCGAGCACUUCAAUGACGGCGUGGAGUACCAGUGGCUCACCGAAGUUGGCACGGAGGCCCGCCUCUACGAGCAGCCAGUUGGCAACACGGAUGCCGUGGCAGGCAAUGGUUCGAGUGUCCGGGGCUCCAUUGCUGCCUACCUUCACCAGCACUAG